AUUGUCUGUCCCGCGCCUGAGCCUUGUUCAUUGCCGGUUGCGAGCCUGCUGUCGCCAUGCCUUACCGACCGUUCCAGUCGACUUACUAUGACGCGAGGAUGCGGGCGUCGCCCGCUCUGCUGCGUGCGCGCGCCCCAUAUCUUGUCAAGAACACCAUAACAGGAGCGGCGGUCUGCGGUAUUGUCAUUAGCAUCUACGCAUACACCAUACAUGCCAUUUCCCAAGACGAGUUCGAGGAUGUCAUCGUUCCGGCCGAGCCUAUCCGAAGACCUCAAGGGGAAGCGCCCACCAAUACCGAGAGCUUGUCCCACAAGAUGCAAAUGAGGAGAUCGUAGCAUCAAGAAGACGGGCAGUCAAUAACGAAGUAGCGGCUGGAAAAGGGACCGCCGCGAAGCCAGCGAGUCUCGGCAGUAUGCGCAGGUUGUAAAUAUCUGUAUUAUAUUGGAAUACAAUGACGGGCGUUGGCGUUACGUGGAAUGGAGGGAUUCGUUAUGUCGGUGCAGCUCGUUGCCGUCCGUUCAUCAUAUGCGGUCAUUUCUUAUUUUCUACUAAACGGUGAUAGAGAGACUUGGGAAGCUUCUCCACAUAUAUCGAAUGCUUCGCCGACAACACCAAUGGAAUAUUUAGACACCAGGUGCACGAAAUUCAAGGCGCCUCACACGAC